UUCCACAGCUGGUAGUUUUUCCGAGCUAACAUUGGCUACAUGUUCAUUGUGUUACUACCAGUUAGCUGGCUAGCUGGCUUUUCCAUCAGUCUAAAAAUCACUCUGUUAUUGUUAUUAGCUAGCUAGACAGCAAGUUGGCAAGAUAGAUCCGUGUAUAAAUAAUGAUUAGGAUUAAUCGUUUGUGUGCAGGAGGAGGUAGUUGAUUUCCUAGCAAACUAUAUUAUCGUAAAGUCCACUCCUAGCUGCUACAGUAGCUAUCUAGCUACUUUACGACAUAUCGUAAACAUACAGAACAGUGUCAUGUCAUGGUAUUUAUUUUUGAUUUUGUUAUUUUUUUGUCCCGAGUAAACAGUAAGUGAUGUGCAAAUCUCCGUAUCAGCUACCCAACACAUGCUUACAUUAUUAACUAGUUAUCCAUCUUGGAAGACUUGGUGAAAGACCUGUGCUGACUAAAUAACUAGUAGUUAGCUAACAUUGCCAGCUCUGACAGUGCUUAGGCAGUGCUACCUAAGGUAACGAUAGCCAGCUAGCUAUAUUUAGACUAGCUAAAUUACCUAACCGGAAACAGAAUCGAUCCGUUACAGUGUAGCCUGAUAGCUAGCUAGCUGGCUACUUGUUUACGCGACGUUAGCUUGAGAAUGCUAGCUAACUAGUUGUGAUUUUGUGAGCACUUAAAAACAUGAUCUUAUUUUAUUGUAACGGAAAGAAGGUCAACUUGUCAUCUCGCUAGUCACAUGGCAUAGUUCAAAAGUCCAAUGGAAGAGUUAGGUAGACCCCGCAGCUCCAAGCAUGGCAGGGGAGGCAAAGUAGCUGACGAAGCUGAGAGCUGGAGAAGUCCACGUCGCGGUGAUGGUCUGGAUGCAGGAAGAGUGUUCAGCUCGAAGCCGGAGAGGGGCAGCCACGGGAGAAGGGGGGCACAGGCCCCGCUGGGCAGCGGCCCUGCAAUGUUCGGCAGGGCUGGGCAGAGGGCUCACGGCGAGUUCAUGGAGGGCUUCCGCAAGUUCCCCACGUCUGAGACCCACCAGGGGCAAGAGGAGAACUGGAGGGAGCGCUCGGUUAGCCUGGAGGCCCACGGCAGGAAGGGUGCUUUCAGGGUCGGGGGUGAGGAAGAGAGCAACAGGCGACAGGCCAACAAGGACCCGAUCCACCAGAUGGCAUCCAGCCCCGCUUCACACACCUCAGGCAGCAGGCGGAGAGUGCGGGAGCGGAGGAAGCCCCCGAGUGAGCGGGAUGAGAAUCUGGACGCCCCGGUGAUUGACGAGGCAGCUCUCUCAGAGGAGCAGCUCCUGGUACUGCGGCAUGCAGAGGAGCGCAUUGGCAGGGAUGACGUUUUUCGGUUGAAAAAGCGGGCCCGUAACAGUCCCAGCUCCAAGUACCGCUGUGCUCUGUGCGACGUGCUGCUGGACUCCGUGCCCGCUGCCCAAAAACAUAUCCGAGAGAAGUGGCACAAGAGGAGAGCACGGGACAAGCGGGAGGCGGUGAUGCUGACGGAGAUCCUGCCCCCCACGGAGCUGCAGGUUGGAGCUGUGGGAGUGGCCAUCGAGCAGGUUCUGCAGGAGCAAGGUUUGAGCGAGGAGGACGUGAGGAGGAGGCGUGUCAUUGUGUCCUCCAUGGAGGAGGUGAUCAGAUCCGUCCUGCCUGACUGUUCGCUGAGGCUGUAUGGAUCUUCUUGCACUAAAUUUGGUUUCAAAGAUUCAGACGUAAACAUAGACAUCCAGUUCCCUCCAAAUAUGCAUCAGCCAGAUGUACUGCUGCUGGUCCAGGAGAGCCUCUCAAAAAGCUCCCUGUACAGUGGUCUUCAGGCAGACUUUCACGCCAGGGUGCCUGUACUGGUCUGUAAAGAGAAGCAAAGUGGCCUGAUGUGUAAGGUGAGCGCAGGCAAUGACAAUGCCUGCCUGACGACCUUAUACUUGUCCUCAUUGGCCAAUCAAGAGCCAAGGCUGCUGCCCCUGGUCAUUGCGUUCAGACAUUGGGCACAGAUCUGCCACAUUGACCAGCCUGAGGAGGGGGGGCUGCCCCCAUAUGUGAUGGCGCUGAUGGUGAUCUACUUCCUGCAGCAGAGGAAGAACCCCGUCCUGCCCGCUUACCUUGGCCCCUGGAUUAAGGAGUUCUCCAUUAACAAGCUGAUAGACUUCCGCUUGGUGGGUGUUGAGGACUGCCAUGUCCUUUGGGAGUACUGCCCUGCCCUGGACGAAGCCUCUCCCACUGCAGACAGCUUCUUCAGACAGGGCAAGGAGCCGCUGGUGUUUCCUGCUGAUAGGCGGUGCUCAGUACCAGUGGGACAGCUGUGGGUGGAGAUGUUGCGUUUCUAUUCACUGGAGUUCCACAUGGCUGACCAUGUCAUCAGUGUCCGCACCAACGUUUCCCUCUCCCGAGAAGGCAAAGACUGGCCCAAAAAGAGGAUUGCCAUUGAAGAUCCAUUUGCCGUGAAGAGGAAUGUGGCACGGACGGUGAACAGUCAGCUGAUGUAUGAGUACAUCCUCCACUGCCUGAAAACCACCUACAAAUACUUUGCCUUACCCCUGUCUCAGCAUACCCCCCAACGGCCCAAUCACAGGCCAGACACCCAGAAAGGGGCCAAUCAGGACAAGGAAGGCGGGCUGGUAGCCCCGAAAGACACUGAUCUCCUCCAAUCAGGGAUGAGCAGCCUUAGCAUGGUGUCAGAUGUGGCCAAUGGGCAGGCUGUACAGGAUGAAAUGGGCAGGACAGUAAGGAGCAGGGUGGACCUCCUGGAAGAUUCAGAUUGUGUGAUUGAGGAGGAAGUGCUUGAGGGGACAGAUGAGAGUGAGCGCCUUCUGGAGGAAGAGGAGAGUGAGGAUGUUGACCCAACCCACCUGCCCUACUUCCCCGGGGAGGUAGAGCCUGAGGGGGAGAGUCUGUCUGACUCAGAGGGGGGUGUACCCAUGGUGGGCAGAGACAGUGAUGAUCAGGACCUCCAAGAGGACCCCCCUUUCCAGAGCAACCAGUCAGAUGAGGAGGAGGAGGAGGAGGAAGGGUAUGGCCGUCGGCACCUGGACAGCUUCACCACAGAGGAGGAGCUGUACCCAGUGGACACUGUGUCAGGGGAGGAGCUUCUCUCUGAGGGGGAGGGGCCAGUGGACACGCCCAGCUCAGUCGGAGAUGACGACACUGCCCUACAGCCUUCCACCUCCUUACCUCUCGUGGGUGAUGAGACUGCUGAAAAUGGGAAACCAGUGGACGAGGGCCUCGCUGCCAACCAUCUCCAUUAUGAAUUUAACAAGCAGGUCUUCACCCGGGGAAAGUCCCAUGCCAUUGUCUGCAGCCUCUGUAAACAUGAUGGACAUUUGAAGCGUGACUGCCCUGAAGAUUUCAAGAGGGUUGAGCUGGACUCUCUUCCUCCCAUGACACCAAAGUUCCUUAAAAUACUCAACGAAGUUUGCCUUCAGUGCUACAGAGACUUCUCCCCAGAUGAGAUAGAGGAGCGGGUUCGAGAGCACAUCCUGCAGGACGUGGAGAAGCACAUCAGAGUUCAAUUUGAAGGAGCCAAGUUGAGGCUGUUUGGGUCAUCCAAAAACGGCUUUGGUUUCAAACAGAGCGACCUGGACAUCUGUAUGGUGCUGGAGGGACGGGACACAGCAGAGGGUCUGGACUGCAUCGGCAUCAUAGACAGCUUGGCCAGAGACCUGAGGAGACACCCAGGUCUGCGGAACAUCCUGCCAAUCACCACGGCCAAAGUGCCCAUAGUGAAGUUCUUUCAUGUGAGGACAGGCCUGGAGGGUGACAUCAGCCUCUACAACACACUGGCGCUGUACAACACCCGCCUACUCGCCUGCUAUGCUGCCAUAGAUCCGAGAGUCAGACAGCUGUGCUACGUCAUGAAGGUGUUUGCCAAAGUGUGUGAUAUCGGGGAUGCUUCUCGAGGCAGCCUGUCCUCCUACGCCUACACUCUCAUGGUGCUGUUCUUCCUUCAGCAAAGAAACCCACCUGUCAUCCCAGUCCUUCAGGAGAUUUACGAUGGUCCAAAGAAGCCUGAAGUCAUGGUUGACGGAUGGAAUGUUUACUUCUUUGAAGAUCUUGAAGAAUUGCCGCGGCGAUGGCCUCAGUAUGGGACGAACCAGGAGAGCAUCGGGGAGCUGUGGCUGGGCCUGCUGCGCUUCUACACCGAGGAGUUCGACUUCAGGGAGCAUGUGAUCUGCAUCCGCCGCAAACAGCCCCUCACCACCUUUAAGAAGCAGUGGACCUCCAAGUACAUCGUCAUUGAGGAUCCCUUUGACCUGAACCACAACCUCGGGGCCGGUUUGUCCAGAAGAAUGACCAAUUUCAUCAUGAAGGCCUUCAUCAAUGGAAGAAGAGUCUUUGGCACCCCAGUCAAAGUCUUCCCCUCUGAUUACUCCUCCAAAAUGGAGUACUUCUUUGAUCCGGAGGUGCUGACUGAGGGUGAACUGGCUCCCAACGAUCGCUGCUGCAGAGUGUGUGGGAAAAUCGGGCACUUCAUGAAGGACUGUCCGUUACGGAGGAAACAGAGACAGAGGCGUGAGCAGGAGGACUGCAUGGCCAGCAGGUGGCGCCAUGAUGAGCGGGAGAGGGCAGAGCCCCAGGGUCCGCGGCCAGCAGAGAGGCGGAGGAGGCAGGAGGAGCGUGAGGCCAAGGAGAGGCGCUGUUUCCUCUGCGGGUCCUACACCCAUAUUAAGAAAGAGUGCCCCCAGCACCGGGCCUCUGCAGGAACCUGCAGAGCUGAGAGUUCUUCCUUCUCCCCAUCACCUUCAACUCCCAGUCACCUGAAGAACUUCAGAGAGAGAUGGGGCUCACCACAGCAAGAGGAAAAGAAGCAAGUCAUCUUGAGUCCUGAAGCUGGUAGUUUGGUGAGCAGACGUGUGCCUCAGCCAAAGCCGUGGCCAAAGCGGAGCUCGCAGCACUGAGGCCUCGCUGUGAGCAGGAGCAGAGAGACUCGGUGCUCUGGGACACCAUGCUGCAGAUGGGGACUGAGACUGAGCCAAAGGUGUUUAUGUUUUUAUGGAAAGCUCUGUUCAGAAAGAGCCUUUUAGUCACCAUCAGUGUUUUAAACAAAAGCCAUGUUGCAUGCUCUCUCUUGAUUUAUGUUUUAUUUUAUUU